UAAAAUGAAUAAAUCCCAUUCUUUCCUUUCUUUUAUACCCUUCUUUUAACCUUCUCUCCCUCUCUUUUUUCUUUGUUUACCAAGAAGGAGGAGUAUAUAGCACACAGCAGCUGCUAUCCUGUACCCUCUACCAUUAGCAGAAAGUUUGAAGGAAAAAAAGAAGAAUAAAAAAGCGUGGAAGAUUUAAAUUCCUUUGCCAAACAUCAAGCAAAGAAAAAAAUUUCGUGUGCGUGUUCGAGAAGUAGGGGAAGAAGAUAGAAUCAGAAGUCAGCUAUGUGAUGGGAAUAAGAUCAACAGAACCAGAGAGAUGACAUGGUGCAACAACCCUAGCGAUGAUAGAGCUCUACAGUUAGUUACAGCAGCAGUCACUAAAGAACCCUCCGUCUGCGUCGUAGCCCCCACCACCGUAGCCGUUGCCGACUCCAAAAUCCAUGAUAUCCCAACCAUUAUUUGCCCUUCAUGUGGCCAUAACAUACCCUACCAAGAUCAGGCCGGAAUUCAUGAUUUGCCGGGGUUACCAGCAGGAGUGAAGUUUGAUCCAACUGACCAAGAAAUUUUAGAGCAUUUAGAGGCAAAGGUAAUAUCUGAUUUGCGCAAGCUUCAUCCGUUGAUUGACGAGUUUAUUCCAACCCUGGAAGUAGAAAAUGGGAUUUGCUAUGCUCAUCCAGAGAGGCUGCCAGGAGUGAGCAAAGAUGGCCUAAUCCGACACUUCUUUCAUCGACCCUCCAAGGCAUACACAACCGGGACUAGGAAGAGAAGAAAAGUUCACACGGAUGACGAUGGAAGCGAAACAAGGUGGCACAAAACAGGCAAGACCAGAGCAGUGUUUGCUGGUGGGGCUGUAAAGGGUUUCAAAAAGAUUUUAGUACUCUACACCAACUAUGGCAGGCAAAGGAAGCCAGAGAAGACAAACUGGGUGAUGCAUCAGUAUCACCUUGGCAACAAUGAAGAAGAGAAAGAUGGAGAGUUAGUGAUUUCAAAAGUUUUUUACCAAACUCAACCUAGACAAUGCGGUCCAAGUAGUGUUAAGGACAAACUUGAUAGAAAGCUGAAAAACCGAAGCCGGCAUGAAAGUCCUAUGGCAAAGAGUACUAGCACCCCGGCUCUUGUUGACUAUUACAAUCCACCUUUUAUUUCAUAUGAUCAUGGGAACCAUCAUAAUAGAGAAAGCCCACCUCAGCUAAUUCCAAAUUUGGUUGUUCAAGGUGAUGGAUCCACGUUUAUCCGAUUAACCUCUGAUACAAGCAAAGGAGACUUGACAGAAAAUAGCAAUGGAAAGAUCAGCAUUUGGUAGAGCAGCUACGUCAAAGACUUAUUUGGUUGGUGUUGUUGCUGUUGCUCUGUAAUAGUCAUAUAAAUUAUCAGAUUGUGAUAUUCCUGAGGAAAAGAGGGACUGAAAGAAAAAGGUGAAUGUCUUCUUUUGUUACCAUUAAAAGAGUCGGAUGCUUUGGAAGAUUUGCCCAUGAACACGCUCUUGAGCAAAGGACUAGACAAGGCAGCUGGUGCCCUAUUUUUAUACCCAUUUGCUUAAUAUUUAUAUACAUAUAUAUAUAUAUAUAUUUGACCAUAUUUUAUCAAUUUAUAGGGUUUGAUGGCACUUAUAGCAGGACUGUACAAAGAUGACUCAUAUAAACUUCAACUGGUAGUCCUACAGGUUUAAUUUGUUAUAUCAUUUGCCAUUUAUUAUGUUUCAAAAUCCCUCAUGAUUGAAAAAAGACAAUUGUUAUCAAUUCUAUCAUGGUUUUUUUUUUUUUUUU